AUGAAGGUAACCAUCCUUCUCAGGGGACAGUAUUUUAAAUACAAACUAGCAAAGGCUUUAAAGCCCCUCCCCGGCGCGGCUGCGAGUCCCGGAGCUGCAGCUGCAAAGUCAGGAUUUCGCCGCCUCGCGCCACCGAAGCCCGCCCGACGUGCAUUCCCGGUACCUUCCUCAUCCAAAUCCAGUAUGGCUACUCUCAAGGAUCAGCUGAUUCAGAAUCUUCUUAAGGAAGAACAGACCCCCCAGAAUAAGAUUACGGUUGUUGGGGUUGGUGCUGUUGGCAUGGCCUGUGCCAUCAGUAUUUUAAUGAAGGACUUGGCAGAUGAACUUGCACUUGUUGAUGUCAUGGAAGACAAAUUAAAGGGAGAGAUGAUGGAUCUCCAACAUGGCAGCCUUUUCCUUAGAACACCAAAAAUUGUGUCUGGCAAAGACUACAACGUAACUGCAAAUUCCAAGCUGGUUAUUAUCACAGCGGGAGCACGUCAGCAGGAGGGGGAAAGCCGUCUCAAUUUGGUCCAGCGUAAUGUGAACAUCUUUAAAUUCAUCAUUCCUAAUGUUGUCAAGUACAGCCCAAACUGCAAGCUGCUUGUUGUUUCUAAUCCAGUGGAUAUCCUUACCUAUGUGGCUUGGAAGAUCAGUGGCUUUCCCAAAAACCGUGUUAUUGGCAGUGGAUGCAAUCUGGAUUCAGCGAGGUUCCGUUACCUAAUGGGGGAGAGGCUGGGAGUUCACGCAUUGAGCUGUCAUGGCUGGGUCCUUGGAGAGCAUGGAGACUCUAGUGUGCCUGUAUGGAGUGGAGUGAAUGUGGCUGGUGUCUCUCUGAAAAAUCUGCAUCCUGAAUUAGGUACUGAUUCAGAUAAGGAACAGUGGAAAGAGGUUCACAAGCAGGUGGUUGACAGUGCCUAUGAGGUGAUCAAACUGAAAGGCUAUACCUCCUGGGCCAUUGGACUGUCUGUGGCAGAUCUGGCAGAAAGUAUAAUGAAGAAUCUUAGGCGGGUACAUCCAAUUUCCACCAUGAUUAAGGGUCUUUAUGGAAUUAAAGAUGAUGUCUUCCUUAGUGUUCCUUGCAUCUUGGGGCAGAAU